GCUACAAAUCAGAAGAGCUUCCUUAAUCUGGUCUGUAGCUCAACGUGCUCCUGAACAGCCAGGAUGUCUUUCUUGGACACUCUGCGUCAGUGGGAUGAGGCCAUAACCUGUGCUGACAGAGAGGAUCUGUCCGAGGCACUCAGGAUUUUCUUGUCUAUCGAAGAACCAAACUCCAAAAUCUGUUUUGACAUCGGCUGUCUGCAUCUCCUUAACCAGGACUAUGAUGCAGCUGAAAAGGCGUUUGAUUGCAGCAUACGCAAGGAUGAGCAUUUGGCCAUCGCCUUCUUUCAAAGAGGAAUCACCUUUUACAAAAAAGAGAGGUAUGAGGAGAGUUUAGCUGAUUUCCAGAGAGCCUUCAAAGCACUGAGGGGCAACCAGCUGAUAGAUUACAAAGCACUUGGUCUCAGAUACAUAUUAUAUGCAUGUGAGGUUCUCCAUAACAUGGCCCUGGUUGAGGCUCAGCUGGGGAACUGGGAAAAGGCCCAGGUGAACCUCGCGAAAGCUCUCGACUACAAGACAGAAGCCAAGCUCAAUGUCAUCGACAAAGCUCUGCAAUCAACCCUGAAACAGAAACUUUUCAAACCGGUCCAGUUCCCAUCCAAAAUGCUGUUUAAACCAAAUAAGAACUACGUUGCUGAGCUGGAGAAGAAGGACUACCUGGGAAAAGCAAAGGUUGUUGCUUCUGUUGUUCCUCAAGAUGAGUUCUCUGGAUUCGCUCCAUUACAGCCACAGGUUGAAGAUGGUCCAGCUCGCCCAAAGGAACCUGAAGUUCUGAGGGCUUUGGAAGGAGAACCUCACACAGUGCUGUUUGAAUUUGUUCCUGAGACCAGCGAUGAGUUGGCUGUGGUGCCAGGAAAUAUCGUGUUUGUGCUGCAGAAGGGUGCCGACAACUGGGCUUCUGUGGUCUUCAAUGAAAGAAGGGGACUUGUUCCUUAUAAUUACCUGGAACGUUUGGAAAUCUCUUUGGCUUCUCAACAAAACAAGGGAAAAACUGCACCUCCAAGUCGAGAUCCACCAACCAGACCUGAGAGGAAAACAGGUCUUACUCCUAGUGGAAACACUCAGCGUCAGGAGUCACAAACUACCGAGGAUUCAUAUAUUGUCAAAGUCUGUUAUACGUUCAACUUUGUCGUCUCAGUACCACGUGGGUCCCCCUAUGCAACACUGAUUGAGAAAAUCAGUAACAAGCUGAGCCUCCCUUCUACUGUGAUCACUUUGAGUUUAACCUCUGAGGCAGGCGAGGAAGGCGUAAUCAAUGCCGAUACAGACAUGGAAACUGUGUGGAGCCAGGCCAGCGGUGGACGCAUCACCCUGUGGUGUAAAACGGAAGAGCAAACCGAUGGAAUAAUGCAGAAAGAGACGGUCUUUGUGGCAAUUCAUUCGUACGAGUCGUCAAAUCCAGAGGAUCUCAGUUUUAACCAGGGGGACACAAUCACACUGCUCUCUAGAGUUAACCAGGACUGGUUGGAAGGGCAGUGUAACGGGAGUACUGGCAUAUUUCCUGCAUCCUUCGUGGAAGAAGUACUCUAUCUCACCAUAAAAAACCAAGCCCCGCUCAGUGACCAAAGCUAAAAACUAGUCUGGCACCUUCUGCAGAUGUCAUUUCAUAAUCUAGCCACAGUUUGAUCAAUUAGAGCCUUAAUGUUCUCCUUUAUUUAUUUUCCACAGUGGUCAUUAUAUCAGGUUGUAGCAAUUGAUCGAAAUCAUACGUUACAUUCUGGGAUUCAGUAAUAAAAAAUAGUGCUCUCUGAUAUUUAUUUCAUUAAAAACAUUUAACACUUGCAGCCUACAGCAAUUACAAGUUGCGUACAACACAUUUGGCGCAUUUGUAAGUGAAUAAAUAAUGUGCUGAAGGCCUGGUGGACUGCUGGUGAAUCAUCGUGAAGACGUUCCUUCCUCUUCGUAGGCAAUAGCUAUGCCUCUCCUGCCCUCUACCGCCUUCACCACAGGUGUCUCUCCCAGCUUCUGCUCUAAGCCACGCCAGCUCCGACCUGCCAGGAAAGACGCUGGAAGAAAAAACGAAACAUGUAGUGUAAUGUGUGACACGUGAGGUGUCUACUUCUGUUUGUGUAAGAAUGUAACACACAAUGCAUUUUACUGUCUAGAAAAAUGCUCAGCAGUUACUGUAAGUGUGCAAAAUUCAACAAUAAAAGUCAGUUAAAUAAACCGA